AUGGAUAUUCACCGGUGUCGCUUUGUGCCGUACAACCCACAGGCAAUCAACGCACUUGCCUUUUCACAUCCUCCUUCAGCGGACUUAUCGGGUCGUGGAGUGCCCACCUUACGCCUAGCAAUCGGCCGUGCAAACGGGGAUAUCGAACUCUGGAACCCGCUCAGAGGAACCUGGUGUCAGGAAACGAUCUUGCGCGGUGGGAAAGACCGAAGCAUUGAAGGGCUCGUGUGGACGCUCGAUCCAAGCGAGAAGGACUCCGAGGGCAAUGACGUUCCGGGCAAGCUCCGAUUAUUUAGCAUUGGGUAUUCGAGUGUCGUGACGGAAUGGGAUCUAGAGCAGGGUCGUCCGGCGAGGCAUUCGAGUGGGAAUUAUGGUGAGAUUUGGUGUCUGGCGGCGCAGCCGAGAUGGAAGUCUUCGCGGAGGGGAGAAGAUGGGAGGCCAAUGCCUCCGGCGGAGGGGGAGUUUGCUGGUCAACAUCUUGCAGUGGGAUGCGCAGAUGGAGCGAUUGUGCUAUUGUCCACGUCCGAUGGAGAUUUGAAAUAUCUUCGCACGAUGAGGCCGUCGACUAAGAAAUCACGAGUGCUUAAUAUCACUUUCCAGAACCGGGAUACCAUUGUUGCGGCGUACGCUGAUAGCUCGAUUCGAAUUUUUGACAUCCGCAACGGUAAACUGCUUCGCACUGUGACUCUUGGAAAGGGACAGCACAAAGCUGCGAAAGAGCUACUGGUCUGGACGGUGAAAUGUUUGCCAGACGGCACAAUCGUAUCUGGCGAUUCUGCUGGUGAAAUACGAUUCUGGGACCCGAAGAAUUAUUCUUUGGUCCAACGAAUACACAGUCAUCAAGCCGAUAUCCUUGAUAUUGCGGUCAGCGCAGACGGAGAAUCGGUAAUUACUGUGGGUGCUGAUCAGCGAACCACGAUUUACAAGCCAAAGGCCCCCGAGAGAGGAGCAAAGUCGAGGCGUUGGGUUGAAGUUAUGCAUCGUCGAUACCAUACCCAUGAUGUCAAAGCAAUUGCCGUCUACGAAACAAAAGAGAUAAGCGUCAUGGUUUCUGGAGGACUCGACACCGUGCCUGUUAUAGUCCCGCUGCGAAGUCAUGAAGAGGAACUUCACCGAAAACUCCCAAGUCUCCCUCAAAGACCUCAAGUGUCGUCGUCACCUUCGUCUCGACUAUUGAUGAGCUGGUGGGAUCGAGAAGUUAACAUCUGGCGCGUAUCUUCCCCUACUCUACCCGAACCACUCGAGCCUCAGCAACAUAAACUCGUCGCCAAAGUUUUAUUUCAGGGCGAAGAGAAUUUGACAUCAGCAGCACUAUCAUCCAACGGAAAGUUUCUUGUAGCAGCUUCAAUUUCCGAAGUCAAGGCAUUUGCCUUAUCUCCCAAGGUAAACGGAGACAAAACCAUUUUGCAAGUCAAUAAACUUGAAAUUCCCGUUGAGAUUUCGAAACACGGAGCUAGGGAGGUGGCUAUUUCCCCUGAUUGCCAGUGGCUCUGUCUUAUACGCCCAGAUAAUACCGUUUGUAUGGCCAAGAUUGAUAGCGAUCCUGAAGUCCCUGGCCGCGCUCGGAUACUUCCUCGAUUGAGAAAGCUGCGUCGCGUACAGCGGCAUCUACCGCGUGGAAAACGCCAUCACGGAUCGCUUGGCACAUACGAUAGGACAAUACGAUGCGUCGCUUUCUCUGCCGACAGCAGGAUUCUGGCAUGCGGCGAUAUUGCUGGUUUCGUUGACUCGUGGGUGUUGCAAGACGAAACCGUUUUGUUAACUAAUGGGACGAGUGACGAUAAAACUUUUCAACCAGAGUCAUCUGAUGACGACUCUUCCGACGAAGAAGGCGACAGCUCAGAGAGCGAUGGCCAACGCUGGGUCGUUCCUCGUUUCGAUUCACCCAUACCCCAGUGCAAGCCGGGGAUUCUACUCAUGACUUUCCGUCCUCCCUCUCAAUCACAACCUACACCUCUCAUGAACGGCGACAAGUCCAAUUCCACUUCACACAUUAGUGAAGGCAGGUUAAUUGUCUUAACCACGGAACACCAACCUCUAGAAUUCAAUGUAAUACAAGGCAAACUUACGGAUUGGGCACGAAGAAACCCUAAAACAUAUUUACCCAAGGCUUUUACUAUCAUCAAAGACAGGGCUAUGGGCGCGUUUUGGGAUCCAAAUGGUAGCAACGAACGUCUAUGGUUAUAUGGGCCAAGUUGGCUGUGGAUGUUUGACUUGUCCCAAGAUUUCCCAACUCCCGAGGAUCUUGAAGCCGAAAAGAAAUCAAAUGCGGUUUCAAAAAUCGAUAGUGCCAAAGACGCAUCUAGAUCGAAGAAACGGAAACGGCCCGACGCUGGGGAAGACAAAAUUAAACAGCCCAAUUCCGGUGCCGGAGACAGGAUCCCUCUCUGGCACGAUAGUAUUGGCUUCGGAAGAAAGAUGCGCAAAGUAAUUGGUAGCGACGGAAAGGCAGCACAGGCGACGUUAUCCAACUUGAAUCACCAUGUCAACCAGCAUCAAAAUGAUGAAGAAGAUGUGGACCUCCACCUUGAGCCUUCUCGAUCUCUCCUGGCCGAUUUACGGCGAGAACAGGCACCAAGCUCCCAGAACGCAGAUCUAGACGACCGAUCGGACCUGGAAAAGAACGAAGCAAAAGAGAAGCAAAAGCAAAGCCAGCCACCAUCGUUGUCGUCGUCUCCCGUCAAACCUCCCUCUUCUGACUUGCCCAACGGUACGGCCCCAUCCCAAGUCGCGUUCGCGGUCGUCAUCCAUACCCAAUCCAAAACUAAUCCCAACGUUCAAAAAGCAUCCGAAACAAACGACAACGCAAGUGACACUGAAUCAAUCCAGCCCCAAGUCCAAAACUCCCCGAACGGCGCGGAGCCGAGUUUAGAGUCCAAGACCAAACGUCGCCAAAACGCACGUCGAUGGUGGCAUACGUUCAAGUAUCGUGACAUAUUUGGAAUCGUGCCGUUGAGCCAGGGAUUCACAAGCGAGAAGAUGAACGGCGAUUCGAUCGGGAAGGGAUUAGAAGUUGCGGUGGUGGAGAGACCGAUGUGGGAUGUACCGCUGCCAGGGCGAUAUGUUAGAGAUUAUGAGUGA